GUAAUACGUUUAGUGACAUUGUUUCGUGGGCCUCGCGAUUAGAGGAACAGAUACGGAAGAAGAGUUCAACUUUACAUCCCAUUGCUGCUGUUCGCUACAACUCUCUGAAGUGCGAUAAUUGUGGGAAAACGGGCCAUAGCACGGAUCGAUGCAAAGGGAGGGACUAUAGGAGAAGUAGGCGUAACACCCCCCCAAACAAAGAAGCAGAUAAAUGCUUUCGAUGUGGAGAACAGGGACAUCGAGCGCCACAAUGUUUAGCUGCCCUACCUAAGGCGCACGCCUCCAGUGGAGAAUACGCAACCUCAGACAAAGAAGCUGGGCCUAUCGCGCACUGCUCCAAUGACGAUUACGCGCAUUUGAACCGAGAACAACUUGUCGCCAUGUUAAACAGUUUGAAAGCAUAGGAAUUACCGGCCUCCUUUUCAGUCAGUAGUAUAGAAACUCAGGCUCAUUGCAGACCGUAUCUUAGUGCGUGGGUAGGAGGCCGGCCAUGCGAUAUGCUAAUUGAUACUGGCGCUUCUGUUUCUAUCACUGACCUACCGCUCCCUUGUACAAAGCAUUCCAUUGAUCUUGCUGGCAUUGGGGGUAAUUCUGUCCGCGCAUAUAAAUCCUUUCCAGUACUUGUGGAAUCCAAUAAUGCUUAUUGGACACAAUCAUUUUUCAUUUGUAGGACUGCAGAAGGUACCAUCCUCGGUUCUGACGGCAUGAGAUUACUGAAAGCUACUGUUGCAUACUCGCCUAUGGCUUUAUCAGUUUGUGACGCUUCUCAUAAACGCAAGACAUUGCCAUUAGCUGCUCUUUCCCAUACUGCUAUAGCAUCUGUUGCAACACCUAUUGUCCAUUCCUGGGAUUUGACUAACAAGUUCCAAGCUUUAUGUGCAACAUUCCCUGCAUGCUGGUCUGUGCACAAACUGGAUUGUGGAGCUGCACCAUUACCACCACUUGAGACUCUGAAAGAUAAACAAAAGGAGGGGGGGCAAGAAUCGCAGACAUAUGAACCUGGACAAUGGGUUAUGAUAAGAGCCCCUCAUCCUAGAUCUUUCCAACCUCGAUGGCAAGGACCACACCAGGUCUUACUAACCUCUGAGACUGCUCUUCGAGUUACAAGCAUCCCGGUCUGGAUCCACCAAUCCCGGACCAAACCAUGCCCAUCACCCGAAGACCUCAAAAAGCCUGAAGAACUCCCUGCCACGGACGACUGCAGCCUUCACGAAUCAGGUGCAAACGUUCCAAUUUUUUUCACAUACUCAACCAAAUUGAGCAUUCAAGUUAUGCUCCCAUCCAACAUGCUGAAUUCAUUUGUAAUCAUACAUAAUAUAGAACCAAGUUGUAAUAACUUGGGAGUACUUGAUAAUGCCCUCACAUGGUAUUCUGUUUUCUUCCUCAUAUGCCGGAGAGGACACUCCCAUGACACCAUACCGGCGCCGAGGACACCACCCCUCCAAGACCAUGUUGCUGCAAACCAGGAGUAAAUUGCAAGAAAUCCCACCAAGCCUUGAAUCGAGCCUUCCCUACCAAACCAAUGUCACUAUCCAUCCAGCCAGCAACAGAAGGACUUUUUUCUUUACAAGUUAUGUUCUUGGAGUACAUCUCGUUCGCCCGUAAGGGGGACGUGAGGGAAUUUUGCCUGAAGUUUUCCUAACACAGGUUUUUGACAGGUUUUCGCCCUCACCCUGAACAAUGACUAAAUAAAUGUAACUGUAAAAUUGACUUAACCAUGAGAUUCAUGUUGUGUCAAAAGGAGGGACUGUUAGGAUACAGAAAGUUUGUGCUGUAGGAGACAGACAGAUUUGUGUAUUCCAAAACCUCACGUGCAUGUGAGAGUCCGCCAUUGUUUUACAAAGACAACCAAUAAGACACAGUGGUAGAAAUUGCAGCCUAUAGGGCAACUCUGUAUAACAAACAACCAAUCAGAGUUCAUGCUGUAUUCUGCGCACAAAUUUGAAUAUAUGUAAAUGUAACUGUAUAAACUCCACAAACUCUAACAGUUGAAUGGAACAUUUUUGUGUGAAUCCCUGUUGCUGGCUUUCUGUAUAAUAAAUGCUUCCUGAUUUUAAACACUAA